AGUGAGACUCUGUCUCAAAAAAAAAAAAAAGCAGGGCAGGGUUCAAUGUCCUUCUCUGUCCUUAUGCGUGGUCUCAGGCAGAGCAUCUACAUUCUCCCCUUUCUCCUCCCUGGAAUCAGAGUCCUGCGUUUAGGGCCCCCAGUCUCACCAAACAGGCUCUGCAUCCUCCACCCAGAACAUGCCACACAUUUCUUUUCUUUUCUUUUUUAGAGAUAAAAACAACAACAACAACUACAGGCUGGGGGCAGAGCAUAGCAUGUGUUAAGCAGUAUAACUAGGCAGCGUGCUGAACAGUGUGCCAGUUACAAGUCCAAGAGACUUAUACUGUCCCUUGCCUGGCACUCCCCAACUCCUACUCAAGUUUCAUGACUAAAAGUCUUCUCCCCCAGUAAGCCUUUCUAGCCAACUCCCUGCCUGUCCCCCUUCAACUGGGGUAAGUGCACAACCUGGUCCCACCUGUCCUCAGGCAUUUUUCUAUCAAAGCAUUUAUCUCAUUACAUUUUUAAAAAAUUCUUUAAAAAAUUUGUAUUAUGAAAAAUGUCAAACAUAUACAAAAAUAGCCAGAAUAGGAUAAUGAAGCCCAUGGACCCAUCACUCAGUUUCAACAAUUACCAACUUAUAAUUUUGUUUCAUUUAUAUCACCUAUCACUUCAAAUUAUCCUGAAACAAAUCUCCAACUUCACAUCAUUUUAUCAGUAAAUACCUCAUUAUGCUUCCCUAAAAGAUAGGGGUGCUUUUCUAAAAAAGCAUAAUCAUAAUACCAUUAUCACAACUUUAACAAUUUUUAGGUGGGCCCCCAGGACCAGGCAUAGUCUCUGGGAAAGAAAGGUCAACACCAGCUGCCAGAGAGAGCUUGAUACCAAGUCUGCUUUGUGAGAGUCACCAAAACAGCCAACACCAUUCUCAGAAGAGAAAGGAGGACUGGUCCUUUCCUGGUUGACCUAAGGGUCUUAUUCAGGGACUACUUCCUCAGAGAGGCUCUUCCUGACUCCCCUGCCCUCUCCUUCCUGGACUGGGCAGUAGUAAGUGGCCUUCUGAUCUCCUAGGACUGUUACCCUGAGCCAACCACGGGAGAACCCAAUGUCAGCCUGACCCCAGAACAGCCACCUACGUCAAUCUGUGAAAGCAGCCUGCACACAACACUAAUUGUUGGUGUGGACACUAAGCCAAAGAUUGCCAGAUGGCAACCUAUGGUUCCUACAUGCUGCUGGGAGGAUUUCCCAGCACCAUAGUCAGAAUAGCCUGUGAGAACCUGGGCUGAAAACCUCAAUAGCCCCUUCAACCUCUUCCCACUGUCUCGGGCCAGCCCAGUUUGUGCAUGGGGGCCUCAAAGCUGGUUCAGACUGCAUCCCUUUCCCAGAUGGCAUGUGUGAUAUAAAUGGCUCUCCAGAAGCCAGGCAUGGUUGAGAUUAAAGGCGCAUGCCUUUAAUACCAACUACUCGGGAGUCUGAGGUGGAAGGAGCACUUGAGCUCAGGAGUUUGAGGCCAGCUUGGGCAAUAUAGUGAAACCCAGUCUCUUUUUUAAAAAGCCCUUCAGAGGGGUGAGGGAAGGCACAGGCAGGUGGGGUCCUGGGUGUCCUGCUAUCUCCACAGAAGGGCAGUCCUCACCCCAGCCUCAUGCUGAUGAGACCAGGCAGAGGCCUGACAACGCAGUGCGGAAGGGAGCAGCCAUUAGCACUAAUGAAGCAGGCGGCCUGAAAGCUUUUUACUCUGAAGCAGCUCGCCUACCCAGGGAACAGUCCGUUCUGCUUCCUUAGCUUCCAGGAACCCUAGGUGGAAAAUGGUUUGGGGACAAGAGGAGGGGUGGGGGGUCUUGGAGAAGACUGGAAGGAAAAGGGGAGGGGAGGCAGGACCAGGAAUGCAGUCAGGAGGGACUGCUAUUGGCUAGAUGGGCUUCUCCCACUUCCCCCUCCGCUGGAGGCUCUGGUUCUGUACCCCACCCCUGCCCUACAAUGGCCACUGGCCCAUCACCCUCUUCAAUGCCCUUGACCCAACUUCCUGGAAGGAAACAACAUGCCACAUAGGGUCUGAGUAAGCAUCUCCGGGGCCACAAAUUAGAUUAGACUUCUAGGGCCGCCUGCCUUGUUAUUACUAAUGGCUUCGGCCUGGCCCACAUGCUAGGUCUCUGUCCUGUGGAAAUUUUGGGGUCCUGGGCACCCUAUCUUGUUCCAAAACUUUAAUUGGCUCCUGGAGACCUCACCCCAAAUUAGAGAUGGGUAUCCCUCUUGUAGAGCAACAAAGCCGCUUAGGUUCCAGGGAGUGAAGCCUGAACUGUGCCCCCACCAUCCAGGGAGGGCCCCUCGCCCUCGCAGCAGGAACAGUCACGUGUGGGCUCUUCAUUAGACUCUGCUAUAUAAGCUGAGGGCACAGGGUUGUGAGGAACACUCUAGGCAAGGAUUCAGAAAGCAGAGGUAAGUCCUCAGGUUAGGCAGGGAAUCCUACUCUGGGUUGGGGGGGGCCUCUAUCUGGGCAUCUAGAGGAUACUCUGAGGAUGAGGAGAGACUAAGUUGUGGGUCUUCCUACUGAGACAGGCCAUGCUGAAUGCAGUGCUGCUGAGCUGUGCCCUGCUGCUGGCAUUGCCCACCAUACAGGGGGCCCAGAUGGGCUUGGCCCCCCUGGAAGGCAUCAGAAGGCCUGACCAGGCUCUGUUCCCAGAGCUCCCAGGCCUGGGCCUCUGGGCCCAGCUGAAGAAGACAACCGAAGAACAAGCAGAAGAGGCUCUGCUGCAGGAGGCUGAGGCCGAAGCGGAGGCCCUGGCAGAGGUGCUAGACCCGCAGGACCGCGAGCCCCGCUCCCCGCGUCGCUGCGUGCGGCUGCAUGAGUCCUGUCUGGGACAGCAGGUACCGUGCUGCGACCCAUGCGCCACAUGCUACUGCCGCUUCUUCAACGCCUUCUGCUACUGCCGCAAGCUGGGUACGGCCAUGAACCCCUGCAGCCGCACCUAGCUGGCCGAUGUCAGGGUCGGAGCAGGAGGAUGUGAAUAAAGAAUGGGACCAACCCCGAGGCUGUGGUUAUUUCGAACGUGGCCGUCGAAGUGGGGGAGGGCUCACGGCAGGGGUAGGAGUGUCACCAAGCCAAGAAACUAUACACACCCCUAGGGCCUGAGCUACCUCAUCGUCUGAGGCACAUACACAUGCGCUUUGAGGGCGCCGGGUUGAGGAGAGACGCACUCCAGACCUGGAGAAUCUGGCACAAGAAACGCGGGGAAGGCUGGGCGCAGCGCGGCAUAAGGGCUGGAACCCAGGGCUAACGAAUAAUAAUCAUUAGGCUCCAGGGCCUGCUUGCGGUGACUUCCACGCGUGACCUUCAGAAAAGUCCGCCCCUCACAGGGCCUCAGCUCCUCUCUCAGGGUGGGGGAGGCUGAUUCAGCAGUCUGGAAUCUUUCCAACCAAGAGAAACACCACCCACUCCCAU